CAUUACUUUCCACGGAAUUUUGAUGUUCCUUGAAAGUUUUGUGUUGUAAUAUGAAAUUUCAAUGUAGAUUAUGCUUUAGAAGAUAAUUUGUCGUUAGAAUCUUAUCAAGGACUAUGUUCAUUAUACUUGAGGUCGCGAGUUUGAUCCCUGAUGGAGUUUCAGGUUGAUCUAGAUUUGCAAUGGAUGAUCGACGUGAAAUGUAUUGAUUUGAGAAGCAAAGAACUAUGCCGCUGUAACUCUAGUGUUGGGUAUAGGCAAGCAUGGUGCUUUUAGGUAAAGGAGCAGUUGAACGACUCAAAAAUCCUUUUUUGGUUGUUCAACAUCGGUUUGAUUCUUUUUCUGACUAAAAACAGAUAUCGUUUUCAGGGGUUGGACUUCUAUAGCUAGAUACUGUUCAAAGCAGUUGCCAACGACUACAAAUGUUUUGGCCAUCAACAAUGGGAAAACUGAUUUCAGAAGAUUCAACCAUAAUCAACUACCAGGUUUGGUUUUUAACUGGAUCGUAGGAAUAAGAAUUCUACUUUGGUCUUCCAAAGUACUACUAGAUGCACUUAAUUAUGUCAGGCUUUGAAAGUGAUCCAAGACCAAGUUUUUGUCCGAGUGAAAUCCUUUUUGCCAGAGAGUGACAAUCAGAAUAUGGUGAUUCUGAACUAGUGUUUGAGAUAUCCAGUUUCGAAGGGAUUCAAAGCUCCAAUGAUGCAUCAAGAACCAGUAGUGAAGAUUCUAAGAGUGAAACAUUGACUUUUGUUCAUGUAGGCAAGAAAAACUCUUCAAGCUCCAGUUCUUUUUUCGCGGGAGAUAGUAUGGACUAUAAACCUGGUUGGCCCCUUCUUCUGAGGGGUUGCUCAGAAACACCACCUACAAAGCUCGCCAGGAAUAUGUCCGUUGUCCAAUGGGUUAUGAACUUACCUAGUCGUUCCCCACAUCAUACUCCUCGAUGUUCAACCAACAAAGAAAUCGAGCUGAGUGGCAAUGGAGGUAACGAUAAUAGCAGCAAUUCCUCUAUGCAAUAUGAGUUGCAGAAAUGCUUAGAUAUACCCCUGAGAAGAAAUUCAUCUUUUUGCCAAUGGUUCGGUUAUGAAGUUUUAAAAGCUGCAACUGCUGAGUUCUCAUCAGAGAAUCUGAUCGCAGAAGGAGGGAGCAACCGUGUAUAUAAAGGGAUCCUUCCGGAUGGUAAGGCAGUUGCUGUUAAGAUUCAGAAGUCAUCGAAAGAUGAAUACAAGGAUUUUGCCAACGAAAUCGAAAUAAUCUCCUCACUGAAGCAUAAACACAUAAGGCCUCUAGUUGGUGUCUGCGUUAAAGAUUAUGAUCUAAUAUCUAUCUAUGAUUUCUCAUCUAAAGGGAGCUUGGAAGAAAUUCUGCAUGGGAAGAACAAAGAUAAACAUCCUUUGCCAUGGGUAGUGAGAUAUAACGUGGCUGUUGCCAUUGCUGAAGGCCUAAAUUACCUACAUAGUGAGCAUUCUCGACCUGUUAUCCAUAGAGAUGUCAAGUCUUCAAAUAUUCUUCUUUCAGAUGAGUUUGAAGCGAAGUUAUCUGACUUCGGACUAGCAAUAUGGGGACCAACUGCUUCAUCAUUUCUGAUUGAAGCUGAUGUUGUUGGGACAUUUGGGUAUUUAGCUCCUGAAUACUUUAUGUAUGGCAAGCUUAGCGACAAGAUUGAUGUCUACGCUUUCGGUGUUAUUCUACUUGAAUUGCUAUCAGGGAAAAGACCAAUAAGCUUUGAGAAUCACAAGGGCCAGCAGAGCUUGGUCAUGUGGGCAAAGCCAAUGAUAGAAAGUGGAGAUAUGAAAGGCAUACUGGACCCUGAUUUGAGUGGAAAUAUCAAUGCGACUCAGAUGCAUAGAAUGAUGGUAGCAGCAACUCUCUGCAUCACACGGUCAGCUCGACUCCGGCCGAAGAUGAGUGAGGUAUUGGAGCUCUUAAGAGGGGAAGAAGCCAUUGAAAAAUGGGCUGCGACACAAAAUGAGAACAAAGAAAGCCAAGAACAUAAUAUCGACGAUGGUGACGAUGAUGAAGUUUAUCCAAAUUCAAGGGCAGAUUUACAUUUAAGUCUUGCAAUGCUUGAUGUCGAUGAUGAUUCGACAUCAUUUAGUAGCAUGGAGCAAAGCAGUAACAUUUCUAUGGAGGAAUAUUUAAAAGAAAGAUGGAGCCCAUCAUCAAGCUUCAAUUAGAUUCUGCUUUUACAUGUUUUGACAUCUUGUUUGAUAACAAAGUUAGGGAUAUGUUCAUACAUGUACAGUAUAUAAAGUGACGAGAAGAAGAGUGUUUUUCUUAUUGAACUGCA